CCUUGUCAAGCAUGUCGGAAGAAUCUGGCUCUCCAGCCCCCUCGUCGAUCUCCAUAUACAUCCCGAUUGUGUAUGUGGUAGUGCUGCUGACUACAUUGGUGCUGUUUUCUGUUGCCCACCGCCGCAAAAAGCUUAACAAACUUGUCUCCAUGAAACCUAUUUUCAAGGACAACUAUCAGCGUGAAAUGUAUUUGCAGCUGAAAAACCAGACAGAGCCCAAGGUCAACGAAAAGGUGCUGAAGGCUGCGCUCAUCCGGCGUGGUGCCGAGGCGAUCCGCAGAAUGAUCAAGCUCAAGGAGAUCCAGCAGUACGUCAACGUGCUGUACCAGCGGGGAUCGAUCGGAGACGACGUGUACGAAAGCUUCAAAUUGCAAAGCAAAUUACAGGAGCUCGAACUCAACGAGCUAGCGAUGGAGGCGGAGUCGUUCAAGAAGGGAUGGGCCCAGACAUUCUUUCCUGUGUGUCAGGAGGUCACCAUAAACGAGGCGCUCAGAAGACGUCUCAACUCGCUCGAACCAAUGAAACAAUCGCUGGACAACCAGUGGCUCAAGCAAGUCGCCGCGUAACCUACAUAAUGACUGUUGUUAUACCUAUGCUAUUCACA